AUGUCCACCGAACCACGGCCCAACAACCGCCGAUUGGCACUUUUUCCAUUACCAUUUCAAGGCCACAUCAACCCCAUGCUUCAAUUAGCAAACAUACUUCACACAAAAGGCUUCAAGAUUACCAUCAUUCACACCCAUUUCAACUCGCCAAACCAAUCAAACUACCCACAAUUCACCUUCAAAUCUAUCUCAGACGGCUUGUCGGAAUCCAAAAACAUGAAUUUGAAUCUGGAUACUCCUGAUUCUAUCAUCAACUUCUUAAACAAAAGCUGCAUCAAUCCGUUGAGGGAUUGUUUAGUAAAGUUACAAGAAGAGGAGCCAAUCGCAUGCUUGAUCUCAGAUGCGCUAUGGCACUUCUCUCAAUCAGUUGCAGACAGUCUUAAUCUCCCAAGAAUCGUUUUACGAACCAGCAGCAUGUCCUGCAUCCUUGUUUACUCAGCCUUGCUUCCUCAUAUUAAAAACUGCUACCUCAAAACCACAACUGAAGAAGAUCCGAUCCCAGACCUUUCACCGAUCACAGAAAAAGACAUGCUAAAGAUUUUUACCGACGAUUGUAAGGAGGGAGAGCUCGAGUUAAUCUUUAGCAUGAUCAAAACUAUAAAAGCGGCUUCUGGAAUCAUAUGGAACACCUUCAAAGAACUCGAAGAACCUGCAUUUUGUGCCAUAACCCAAAAUUUAUGUAUUCCCAGUUUCCCACUUGGUCCGUUUCAUAAGUAUUUCCCAGCAUCCUCUAGCAGCUUACUAGAACAAGAUCGAAGCGUUAUGUUAUGGUUAGAUCUGCAACCAGUUAGGUCUGUAGUAUAUGUGAGUUUUGGGAGUAUUGCUCAAAUGGGUAAAGCCGAGUUCAGCGAUAUGGCUAGGGGGGCUUGCAAAGAAGUAUUAGCUCAUCCAGCCAUAGGAGGGUUUUGGACUCAUAAUGGAUGGAACUCGACAUUGGAGAGCAUCUGUGAAGGUGUUCCGAUGAUCUGUUCACCUUGUUCUUAUGAUCAACCGAUAAAUGCUAGAUACGUAACAGACGUUUGGAGAGUAGGAGUGAUGUUGGAAAACGGGAAGGAGGAGGAGUUUGGAAGAGUGAUGAAAAGUGUAAUUAUGGAGGAAGAAGGAAGUGAGAUGAGACAGAGAUCUAAAUAUCUUCAGGAGAAGGUGAAUCUUUCUAUGGAGAAAGGUGGUUCUGCAUACGAAUCACUGGAGAAUUUAGUUGACUUCAUCGUUUCUCUAUAA